AAGGAUUUCUUCACUCGACCGAAGAUUAUGUAAACGUAUUAAAAUCUUUAAUCAAUAUUCCCAAGGCAGAAACUUAUUUAAGGAUACAAGUUUUAAUAGCAUCUAUGAAUUAUCCUGGACAACUACAUGUACGGUGUGCCAUUACUCAUCUUCUUAAAUCUAACGAUUCUUCUGGAAUUCUGGAGCAGGCUUUACAUAUCAUUCCAAUGAUUGGACCUUUACAUGUAUCCUUAAAUAGUCGUGAGACUGUGUUUCUUUUAAAUUAUGAUUUUUUUGAUAUACUUUUUCAUGCAGUCUUUGGUUGUAAUAAGGUUUUGGCAAAAAAGCCAAAACCUUAUAAAAUUAAUUUAAUUUUAGAAAUAGCAUAUUAG